UGGCCUGAAGAAGCAGAGUGCAUUCCUUUGCAAAUAUCUCUUGUGAGACCAAGACUUGUAAAUAUUUUUAUAAAAGUAUGAGUGCUUUAACUAGUAAAACAUGUGGCUUAAUGCGCUAAUUUUGUUGGCUACAACAAGCUCUUGGACUACCAAGAAUUCAAACGUUGAAGCGACUUUCCUGCAAUUUGAAAGUUUUUACUCGCAAUCUUUUGUACCAAACGCUUUGCAUAUUUCCUAUCGUGUUGAAAAUGGUAUUGGCAUUUAUUACAACAUCUCAGCGCUGCAAUCUUUUCCGGGCAAGAUACUCUUCAAUGUAUUUAUACGCAAAAUACCCACGAAUAUGGGUGAGCAGUCGGUUAAUAUAUUCAAACAUAAAAACUUAGACUUUUGCAAAAUCAUCGAAUUGAUGCGCAAUUUUACAAAUGAUGAAUUCAAAAACGAAACCCUAAUACAAAGCACAUUCAUCAAUUCUUGUCCAUUUACACGCGGCUUUUACUACGUAGAGAAUGGCACGGUUAGAAUGGAAGCGAUACCGUUAUACUUCGCUCGUGGCCUCUAUUGGGUUCAAAUUGAGUUAGUGCAGGUGUUUGGCGAAGUCACUAAAUUAAUGAAUGCGAAAGCGAAAUGUCGCUAUGAGCCAGAGCCCCGAGACGAUUUUAAUAUAUUUACAACUUUGGAAAACAGUCACAGCAACUAGCAACUAGCAGCUAUACAUACAUACAUACAUAUUAUAAAGGGAAUAUCCCCGAAUACAAACUCUUUAGAAUUAAUUCCUUUAACUAGAGGUGUGCCCAUUUGUAAAUGAAAUGAAGA